UCUGAGCUCCUGGGCCACCUCUGCGCCCGCUGCCGCCCAGCUGCCCAGGAGCCCGGGAGCCUGACCAGGCGCUCAGGACACCUGCCCAGCCCCACCAUGCUCAUGGCAUCCACCGCCUCAGCUGUGCCCUGGCCCCUCUCUCAGCCUAGCCCACCCAGCAACAGCAGCAAGAAGGAGCCGCUGGACACCCGGGACCCGCUGCUAGUCCAGGCAGAGCUGGCCCUGCUCUCCACGGUCUUCGUGGCCGUGGCCCUGAGCAACGGCUUGGUGCUAGGGGCUCUGGUGCGCCGGGGCCGGCGGGGCCGCUGGGCACCCAUGCAUGUCUUCAUCGGCCACUUGUGCCUGGCUGACCUGACCGUGGCUCUGUUCCAAGUGCUGCCCCAGCUGGCCUGGGAUGCCACCGACCGCUUCCGUGGGCCUGACGCCCUGUGCCGGGCUGUCAAGUACCUGCAGAUGGUAGGCAUGUAUGCCUCCUCCUACAUGAUCCUGGCCAUGACUCUGGACCGCCACCGCGCCAUCUGCCGCCCCAUGCUGGCAUACCGCCAUGGAGGUGGAGCUCACUGGAACCGGCCAGUGCUGGUGGCCUGGGCCUUCUCGCUUCUUCUCAGCCUGCCCCAACUCUUCAUCUUUGCCCAGCGCGACGUGGGCGAUGGCAGCGGGGUCCUCGACUGCUGGGCCCGCUUUGCCGAGCCCUGGGGCCUCCGUGCCUACGUCACCUGGAUUGCCCUAGUGGUGUUUGUGGCACCUGCACUGGGCAUCACCGCCUGCCAGGUGCUCAUCUUCCGGGAGAUUCAUGCCAGCCUGGUGCCAGGGCCAGCAGAGAGGGCUGGUGGGCACCGUGGAGGGCGCCGGACUGGCAGUCCCACCGAGGGAGCCCGGGUGUCGGCCGCCAUGGCCAAGACCGUGAGGAUGACCCUGGUGAUCGUGAUCGUGUACGUGCUGUGCUGGGCGCCCUUCUUCCUUGUGCAGCUGUGGGCAGCGUGGGACCCAGAGGCACCUCAAGAAGCCCCAGAGAGGAUUCCUCCACCUACACAGGGCCCCCCUUCGUGCUGCUCAUGCUGCUGGCCAGUCUCAACAGCUGUACCAAUCCCUGGAUCUACGCCUCCUUCAGCAGCAGCGUCUCCUCAGAGCUGCGGAGUCUGCUCUGCUGCGCCUGCAGGCGCACCCGGCCCAGCCUGGGGCCCCAGGAUGUGUCCUGCGCCACUGCCAGCUCCUUCCUGCCCAAAGACACCUCCUCCUGAGAAGCCACUGGGUGCCUUCCUUCCAGAGGCUCCAUGAAGCUCAGCUGCCUGCCUGGGGCUAGCCUGGGAGCCACUGGGAGAGGGGGUGCCCAUCGGGAAUUGGCUCUGUGAUUAUGAGGGGCCGGAGAACAGCUCCUUGGCACCAGGUGUGGGGAGGGGCCACAGCGAUAGGCUGCAGGGUCUGGGGGUGGCGUAUGGCUUCCGGCCCAAUCAGUGCGUCUCAGGGAGCCCAGGAGGAAGGAGAGGGGGUGGGGCCAGGGGACCUUCCUUUCUCCACCUGCCUAGUCCCCCUCUGCCCUCCCUUCUCACUCUCUCAUAAAAGUUCCAAUUCAUUUUCCA